ACAAACAUGGCUCGGCGUGGUAAUGUUAAAGUUACUGAAGAAAAACAAGAAAAACUUAGUUACUUGCAGCCGGAAAUUCUUCAAAUGCAAGUGAUGGUAGAUCUUCUAAAGGAGAGAGGAGUAAAGUCUCCUGGUCUACAACAGGCAGAUAGAGCUCGUAUAAUCGCUCUGUUUUAUAAGUACGUGAGCCCAAAGCAUCAACGUGAAUACCGGGACAAUCGAAGGGGAAAAAUUUUGACCAAGAUGAGAGAAAAAAGAGAGAGGAAGACGGAAGUGGAGGACUGGCAGAAGCUUGUUAUGGAAUCGAAAGGAAGAUCUUCCCUUCUGUCCUCAACCAAUACCAUUGAGGGUGACUCAGCUGCUGCUGGAGAGCGCUUGAAGCCUCCUCCUUCAUGCAUUAAUCCUGAACGGAAAGUAAUCAAGUUGAGUGGCACAGCCAAGACCUCGGGUUCAAGCCUUGACUUUAUUGUCAUCAAGCGACGGAAUUCAGAGGAAAGUGAGCCGUCUCCAGAUAGUAAAGUACAGAGAUUGUCACCUGGAGAGAAAAUCUCUGAGCUCAAGAGAAAAAGUACAGAAUCACCUGAGAAUGAAAUGAAAAAGUUGAAAGCGGUGAAUGGUGAAGAGAAGUCACCUGAGAAGAUGAACAUCACCAAUUUAUGUACAGGAAUUGACUGAAAAUGAGAAGAAGUUAAAACAAGAAAGAAAACUCAUCAGUUGGCCAUAGAAGCGUGAGUGUUGACAGUGUAUAGUAAGGUAAACUGUUGAGAAAGUUUUUUUUUGUUUACAUUUUCAAUAUUGUAUGGGAAGGUUUGUCCAGUACAAGAAGAUUUUAGCUUGUGUAUGACCUUGACCUACCAGAGCUGUUUACUGUGUGGAUGCCAAAGUAAAACAACCUUUGUAACUCAGUCAGGCCAUGUAUCUGAGCAUAUGCAAUUGCUGACCAUUAUCAUUGGCUUCUUACUAUUACAGAGCAUUGUAGUAACACUAUUUCUUUUAUCGUGUCGACAAAGUAUUACACUUAUGGGUAGUGUACUAUGUUGCAGAACCAAUUCCCACUAAGAGAGGCUGACAGUAGUUAUUAACAUACGUGUCAGUCAUUCAAUGUAAGCUGAAAUGAGCAAUGGUUUGAAUCAUGUCAUAUACUGUGUGUAUAUAUAUAUAUGUAUAUGCUGUAUACACACACACACACACACACACACACUAAGAGAACAAGAUGGUUAAUAGGUAGGGUACAGUGCACAUGAAUUCCUCCUCUCAUACCUCAAGUCCAGUCAGUCUUGAUGCAAUGAGAAGUUUAACAAACCCAACCAGGUACUAUACUGUACCUCAUACUGUACAGUACUGUACCACUAUUGGCUCCCUUGGCUUUCAGACAUUAUACUGUAUGUAUCUUUAGAAAAAAUAAAAUAAAUAAUUAUUUGUCUCAUCUUCGGUAGAUUUAUAUUGAUUUUAACAUUAACUGCAGGAUAUAUAUAUGUGGUUUAUACUGCAUUAUAUUAUCUGAAUGUAAGUAAAUCCUUGUACAGUAUGCUUGACGGGUACCAAGUGAUCCUCAACUUACUUGAAAAAAAGGUAAAAGUGGGUCCUAUAGGCAUAAGGGACAGAGUGGAUACAGCACAUUGUAUACUAAGUCUUUGGUACAGAAGGAGGCAGUGUCGCCGGCACUGCACUCAACUGCCUUCACUUGGACAGGAGACUAGUGCUGUAUUCACUCGACUGCCUCACUCCUUAAAUAAUUGAAUGUUUAAUUUGUCUCGGAAGUGGAAUGGUAACACAUCAGCUGAGAUAGUUUUUUGUUUUGUGUGUUUCCUUUAAUAUCUUUCCUUUAGAAAAAAUUCUCAUUUUAAUCUAUUCUAAAUAAUGUGGGCAGUGAACUGGCAUAUUAAGUGUUCCUUGUGUCUUAGGAACUGUCUCUCUUGUAGGAUAAAAGUACUUUAUUGACUUGGAAAUUCAUGUCCUGUGGUGAAAGAUAUUUUUUUUUCCUGUAAGAACACACAUACAGAGAUUGCUAUGA